AGUGCGUGUGUAGAAAAUAUAUAUGAACCAAUCCAAUAAGGUAUCUUUUCGUCCGUAUCAUUUAGUCAUUUCCACCCCUAACUUGGCCGAUAUUUCCUCAAAAAUAUCAUAUAAAAUAUAGAUUCACUGUGUGUUUUUGUGUGUGAACAAAAAAAAAAAAAACAUGGUGAGUCAAGAACAAGAUUCCAGCACAGGCAUUAGAAGAAGAGGCUGUUCAUAUCAAAAAAACGAUUUCUUACCAGAAGAAUCGUUCAAAACCUGGAACAACUACGCCACUGCACUAAAACAAAUCCCUAAUCGGUUUAUUGACAGGGUUCUAACGCGGUCUGGUGAUCAAGCGGAGCUUGAUGCGAGAGCCAGAAGCCAGACUGCCAUGAAGAAAACAUUGACGUGGUGGGAUCUAAUAUGGUUUGGAAUGGGUGCUGUUAUUGGAGCCGGUAUUUUCGUGCUCACUGGACUUGAAGCACGCAAGGAUGCUGGUCCUGCGGUUGUCUUGUCAUACGUUGUGUCCGGUGCUUCUGCUCUUAUGUCUGUGUUCUGUUACACAGAGUUUGCGGUUGAAAUUCCAGUAGCAGGAGGGUCAUUUGCUUAUCUGAGGGUAGAGUUAGGAGACUUUGUAGCGUUCAUAGCGGCCGGAAAUAUCCUCCUAGAGUACGUGAUUGGGGGAGCCGCGGUGGCACGUUCAUGGACAUCCUACUUUGCCACCCUUUGUAACCACGACCCAAUUGAUUUUCGAAUCAAAGCUCAUGGCCUAGCCAAGGACUACAGUGAAUUGGACCCCAUAGCAGUAGUUGUCAUAGCCAUCAUUUGCAUCAUCGCAGUUCUCAGCACCAAAGGCUCAUCCCGCAUCAACUACAUUGCCUCUGUUGUGCACAUUAUUGUGAUCCUAUUCAUCAUCAUAUGUGGCCUCAUCAAGGCGGACACGGAUAACUACAAAGACUUUGCACCAUUUAAAGCCCGAGGAGUGUUCAAGGCCUCGGCUGUACUCUUUUUCGCGUAUGUUGGGUUUGAUGCAGUUGCAACUAUGGCAGAGGAGACUAAAAAUCCAGCCAAAGACAUUCCUAUAGGCCUUGUUGGCUCGAUGGUGAUCACCACCACACUAUAUUGCGCAUUAGCUAUAACACUUUGCUUGAUGCAAUCAUAUAAAGACAUAGAUGUUGAUGCCCCUUUCUCAGUGGCGUUUAAAUCAGUUGGUUGGGAUUGGGCCAAAUAUGUGGUGGCCGCCGGAGCUCUAAAGGGUAUGACCUCGGUGCUCCUAGUUGGAGCCGUUGGCCAAGCAAGAUACUUAACACAUAUCGCUCGAACACACAUGAUGCCUCCAUGGUUCGCCCUUGUGGAUGCCAAAACCGGGACACCCGUCAAUGCCACAGUAGCCAUGAUGGCCGCUACAGCCGUGAUUGCUUUCUUCACCAAACUCGAUAUCCUCUCAAACCUGCUCUCCAUUUCCACACUCUUCAUUUUCAUGCUUGUGGCUGUCGCGCUUCUCGUCCGCCGCUACUAUGCAUCUGAAGUGACCACUUCCGCAAACCGUAACAAAUUGAUUGCUUGCUUAGUAACCAUAAUCGUUUCCUCUUGCUUCACCGCAGGGUACUGGGGGCUCUCUAAAAAUGGUUGGAUUGGGUACUGCAUCACAGUCCCAAUUUGGGCACUUGCAACGUUUUCCCUUUGGGCUUUUGUCCCCCAGGCACGAGAGCCAAAAAUGUGGGGGGUGCCCUUAGUUCCAUGGUUGCCAUCGACUUCGAUUGCAAUAAAUAUAUUUCUUCUUGGCUCCAUUGAUAGGGAUUCGUUUAUAAGAUUUGCAGCAUGGACUGGUUUGUUGUUGGUGUAUUACUUCUUGUUUGGACUUCAUGCAGCAUAUGAUACUGCUAAGGCUGAAGAGAAGAAGUGGAGCAAGGUUGAACAAGGGGAAGAACUGAAAGGGGUUGAAAAUAAAAUUGGUGAUGCUGGAUCAUAAGUUAGUUGUCUAUCAAUUACUCGUAAUAUUAUUUUUAAGGGGGUUAUUUUACUUUAUGACAACCUAUUGUGUUUA